UUUCUCUGUUUCAAUUUCUCUUGAUUGUUUGCUUGCCAUCCCAUUCAUACGCUCUCUCUCUCUCUCUCUCUCUCGCUCUCUCUGACAUCAAAUCAAUGCAAAGUCAAUCCGAUCCGACGGAAGGGGAAUGAAGUUUUCGAUUGUAGGCGCACCGGGCAGCGAGAGCGAGCAUGCCGUGCUGCAGCUGAAUGAAGCGCUGCAACGCUGCAUGGACCCGUCACCGUCACAGGUGGCCGCAACCUUGGCGUACAGCGUGCACCUCGAUGACGCUGGACGGCGCCUCGGGAUGCUUGAGCUUGGAGAUCGCGCUGGUGAGCGGACGGGCAGCGCGUCGGUUCUGUCAUCGGACCCUGCUCCGCACCUCCGCUACCAAGGCAAGCAGGAGUUUGACAAGGUCCAGCUCAAGUACAACAGCAAUGCAAACUCGGCUCUUGCUGCGAUUAGUGAUGGUACAUGUGAUGUCGCAGUCGUACACAUCGAAUCGGUGGCAAAACCCGCUCUGGACACGAUCGACGCGAUCGCCGCCCACACAAAUCUCAGAAUCUUGUGCACGUUUUGCCCGACCGUUUCCUUUGUUCUUGCUCGAAUUCCUGGAGGCAACCCGAAUUCGGACUCUAAUCUGGUCGUUUGCUCAGAACAAGCGGACGAGAGCCUUAAGGAUUGGCUGUCGACUGUUUUUCUCGGUCCAGUCAUGCAGGACCGAGUUUACACCCUUGAUGAAGUCGCCCCGCAUGCGCAAGCGUUGCAAAAUUCAUCGCCGCGCGAGUCAUAUGCCAUAAACUGCGUCGUCUCACAUCGAACAGCGGCCGUGAUGGGACUUUCUAUUAUCUGCCAUGUGCCGACAACAAUUUCCAAUGCAUGGGUCAAAUCGCAAUUCGCCAUGGUCACGAGCAAUCCAGGUCCAGAAACCAGCCACGAAGCAGGCCGUCGACAGAGCCUGCUGCGUUUAACAACCCAACGCUUGUGCCCUGCUGGUUGCGAAACAGUCAGCGCCUACUCGUUCGUACUUCCCAACAAAAGCGGUGCUCUUCUUCGCGCCACACAAGUGUUUAAUUUGCGCAAUCUCACUGUUGGAGCAGUGCACAGUCGCUCGAUUCGUUCUGCCAACCCCAAUGUUAAGCCUGAUGUCGGGCAUACAACUUGGAUUGAGUGUAGUCGAGUACCUGUCCAAAAACAUCAAGCCAUUCUGGAUGAUUUGGCAGAUGUGGCCAAGGCGGUUCAAUGGCACGGCGCGUUUCCCGCGUCGAUCAAGCUUCCUAUUCCAUUUUUUCAAGACCAGUGCUACAUGUGCCGCAAUGUCUUUCAGGACAUCCAGUUGAUGUCCGACUCUCAGCCGUCUUUGGCUCCGCUGGUCGUUUCGGCCGCGUCGGUCGAGCCCAACGACUCGUCCAACUUGCCCAUGAACAUUCUAGACUUGCCGUUCGAGGUCAUGGAGCUCAUCUUGAUGCACGUCGCAGCACCUCUGCGCGAUUAUUCUCUGGUGCAUCCACAUUUCAGGCCGUCGUCGGCUGCGGCAUGCGCCGUGCGAGUGAUGGUGGUCGCGAAAGUGUGCAAGCGCUGGAGACAUGUGCUGCACCGGUGCUCGUCCUUGUGGCGCCAGCUCUGCUUGGCCCGUGAGCGCGAGAUGGUUUCACAACGGAUUUUGACGUCGAGUUUUGUCUCUUAUGAGACAAGUCUCCAGCAUUGGAAGCCCUUUCGCCUCACUGAGUCGUGCACCGCAGCUACUUCGGCUGCCCAACUCGGCGAAGAACCGCUCAGCAAGUGGUACUUGGCGUUCAUGCACUGGUCUCGAACCUUGCAAAACUGGGAGAGCGGUACGCACUCGAUCAAGUACUUUCCGGCGCCUCAACUUGCAGAAAUCUGUCAAGGCCCAAGAAUUGACGCGUACGUGGCGCUGGCUGAUGGGCGUCUCGUGUGCAUCGUGAGACCGCAACAGCAUCAGUAUCUCAGUGAGCAAUGUGCUUUGGUCGUGUUGACCCUUUGCACCCGUGACCAAGACGACGGGCACGAAAUGGCUUGUGAAGAGCGGCCUUUCUGGCACGUUCAGCGAGUGCCGCUUUCGCUGAACUUGCCGAAGGUGACCCGAUUGUUUUCCGACGGCCUUCGCGUCAUUUGUGCAAAUUUGGACCAAGCCGAGUGUUUUGACUUUCGAAACGCUAGCACACCGCGCUCCAUUCGCACAAUUGAAGUCGCUUCCAUUGCUUCGGUCGCGUUCCUCUCUGAAACGCGUGUGGUCGUGGCGGGAGAAGAGGCUGUUUACUCUGUUGCUUUGGACAGUCAAGCGCCACCAGUUCUGAUUUCGGACAUGGCUGGAGUAAUCGUCAUUGGGCAGCCAGUGGUGUCGACAAGGUCUUCUCUGCGUCGCGCAAGCUCAAGCCAACCAGUCCCGUUGAUUGCAUUCCAACGUCAACCCGGGACUACCCUGGCGAUCAGCGAUCAGACCGACUGUCAGUGGACAUUUGAUCCUCUCAAUCAUUACGUCGUAUUCAAGCCGCUGAACGCGAACGGGGAAGACCACCUGCCGUUCGCAUUGAAUGUGCCAUUUCAGAGGUACUUUGAGGAUGGCGAAGAUUCGGCCACGGGUGUUGUGGGAUCUCAUGCGCUCCUCUACACGCGCUCACCAAUCACCGCCAAGCAAGUCCACUCACAGUGUGACACUUGGCAAUUGCGCCUUCCGGGAAAGGAUCACAUAGUCGUUCCGUACCAAGGAUCUCAGUUGUUGGCGAUUCCCCGUUCGCCGACUCUGGCCAGUAGUGGAGCUGCUCUCGUGAAUUUUGCCCCACAGGACUAGGCUUUGAGUUUCGCUGUUGUGCAACUAGAUGCUCGGAGGAGUUUGCCAACGCGCGUUCUGGUUGCACCCUUUUUUGUUUGCCGUUUGUGUGUUGUUUAUUUUGAAUCUUGUACUGAUACAUGCAUCUUACUACUGCAGAGUGUGUCAGUUUGAAUCAAACCCCCCUUCCC